AUGACGACUGAACAGGACGAUCCCAAAAACAAGACCAUGAGGACCUUGCAAGAGCAAAUCAAACAAGAAAGAGAAGACUUCUUUAACAAGGUCGCUCAGGAGGAGAUGGAGCAGAAGAGGUCUGAUUCCAACCGGCUCCUUGACAGAGCCAGGAGUCAGAUUCAUCUGUCCAGGGAUCGUGUCCGAAAGUUCAACUCUCACUUAAUGGCCAGUUAUGUGAAUGAGGAGAACAAGGCACUGAUUAAACUAAGGAGAGAGCAACAGAAGAAUGCACAAGCCAAAGAAAGACAGCUUGGGGAGAAUCUGAGGCUGGAGGCAGAAGAGGCUCUGAGAGAAGAGCAGCAAAAAUCUCACCUUCAGAAACAGCAAAUCCUCAAGCAUGUUGAAGCUAACAAAGAGAGAGUGGAGGAUAAAAAACAGAAGAGCCUGAAAGAGAUGCAGGCUGAAAAAGAGGAGGGAGCAAGACUCAAACGUCUUGAUGAUCUUCAUGCGCAAGCACAAAAACAACAGGCUCUGAAAGCAGCAGAGUUACAGAGCACUAAUCAUAAAGAAAGGCUGCAUGAUAUCACUGAAAAAAACCUGCACAGGGAAAAGGAGGCUGAAAAAUUGAAACUGCAGGAUUUAAAGACCAUGCGUGAUCAGGUCGAAAUUCAGUGGUACCAGCGGCAGAAGAAAAUUGACCAUGAAAAAUUACUUAAACAGAGACAGGAAACAAUAGAUGCUGCUAGAGCAAGUCUGGCAUCCAUCAAAGAGAAGAAGGCCGCCUCUUUGGCCAUGAGAGAGGAGGCCGAUUGGGCUAAGAAACAGGCUGAACUGAGGGCAGUCGAGGCAGAGAAACAAAAAGAAAUGGAGCAGAGGAAGGCUCAACUGAUUAAGUCUUGUUUUGCUGACAGGGAGUCAAAGAUGGCCAGAAAAGAGCAGGAGAAAAAGGCAGAGAAGGAGAGCGAUCUGGCCUGGAUUCAGGCCGAGCAAAGGGCGGAUAAGAAGUUUCAUGAGGAAGAGAAACAAAGGGCUCAGUUAAUUAGGGAAAAGAACAUUAGGUAUAGAGACGAGAAUACUAAAUUAAUAGCUGAGAGACAGGCCCUUCGAGAAAGACAGAGAAAGGAGGAACAGAAAGCUGACUGGAAGAUUGCAAGAAGUUUGGCUGAGCAGGACAGAGAAUAUGAGAAUUAUGUCCAGUCUGAACUUGAUAAAGCUGCAGGCACUCAGAGGUUUGCCCUGCUAAAUGCCAAACAUGCUCAGUCUGACCUGCGCCCAACCUGCCUCCCAUGUAUUUCCACACCACAGCCACCUGUAGAAGAUCCUCGUUCUCCUCCGCGAACAGAGUGUUCCCCAUACUGCUCGGCAGAUGUUAGGAGCCCUCUGCUGAGAUAUUCUACAGAGGAAACCCGUGUCACUAAACUAAAUUUGGAAAGGAACAAGCUGCAAUUAACUUAUAAGGAAUACAAGGACCACCUGCAGCAACCUCUUCCACCCAUUAGUACGAGACAAACACCUGCGGGUGCAGUUUGUCCCCCUUCUGGGAGGGUGGGGUCUUCGUUUUGCAGCAACGACAAAAGGGAGCGUUUGCCUUUGUUACAGAGCAAGCCUGUUCCAGUUGUUGCAAAAAGAAACACACCUGUAAGAGCCUCGGACAAGGAAGGCCAGAAGAAGCCCUGCCCUCCACCCUCAGGCCCUAAGAAAACACCUGCACGUAGACGCUCCUACCUGUAG